AUGGGUAUCAGAAUUGAUAAGCAGCUUUUCACAACACUUGAUCAUUGGCUACUCACUAUAACACUGAAAUACACAAAUGCAGUAGAAAAGAAAAGAGCUCUUACUAUUUUGAGCUUCUUGUGUUGGGCGAUAUGGAAAGCCCCAUGCUCCUUUGUGUAUAAACAUAAACCAGUUUCUCCAGACAUUACUCUUCGCUCAGGUUUGAAUCUUGCUUUCGAAUUCCUAGAUGCCAAUGCUUUGCAGCCUGCUGCUAUUAGUUCCAACUCAUCUGGCCUGUAUCAUUGGAAGCCUCCUCCUCCUUUGUACGCUAAGAUCAACUGUGAUGUGGCUUGGACUCCUCCCUCAAGAGGGGGUCUUGGAGUGGUGAUUCGUGAUCAUAAUGCUGAUUUGAUUUGUGGUUCCUCCAAAGCUCUUGUUUGUCGUUCGGUGGAGAUCGCUGAAGCAAAAGCAAUUCUUUUGGGGGUCAAUCUCGCCAUUGAUCAUAAUCUGAAAAAGGUGAUGGUCGAAUCGGUUUCAAAAGGGGUUUUGUUGGAAUUGACCUCUACAUCUACUAGUAAGAACUGGAGAAUUUGGCCCAUUAUAAAUGAAAUUAGAAGCAAGAGUUCUUACUUUGAUGAAUUAUCUUGGGACUGGGUUCCCCGUGAAGUGAAUCGUGCGGCUCAUUGUGCUGCAUCGCUUGCCAAUCGGUCGGUGGGUCUUCUUAGAUGGGCUGACCAACCACCACCUUCCUUGUCUUUGGUACUCAGAAACGAUGGCCUCCCCUGUCCUCACGAGGAGGUUGCAUGA